AUGGGUCGUACUGUUGACCAGGAGGUGCACGCGGCGUUUGUCGAGUUCCGCGCCAAGGAAGAUGACAAGUGUAUUUACUGCCAACAGAUCCGUGCAAAGAAUACCUCACGACAGAAGCAACAUCUUCUUGAAUGCCCGGGCCUACGUGGCCAUCCUAACGCGCCUCAACCUGCCCAGCCGAACCCGACUCCGAAUGGUAUGGGUCCUGGCAAUGGCUACCCCGGCACGCCCAGUGGCCCAACUGCCACUCCAGGACCAGGUGGCCCAACUGCUAUCCCGACCCCGAACGGUGCCUUGAUGGCCAACGGUGUCAACCCUCAUGCGACUCCAAUGCAAACCCCGCUGCAGAGCCUGCAGAAUCGCCCUCCCAUGGCGACCCCCGGUCCACCUACCGGUGCUCCCGGAUCUGCGCCGCCAUCCGCCGCGCCGUCGCGUCCAACUCCCAAGCCUAAGGCGAAGAGCAGCACUUCCAAUCUUCCCGCGCCGCCGCUGGACGACGUGCAUGCGGCUUUUGUCGAGUUCCGUGCGAAGGAGGAAGACAAGUGUCUGUCUGUCCAGUGCAUCUACUGCCAGCAAGUCCGCGCCAAAAAUACCAGUCGUCAGCGCCAGCAUCUACUCGAAUGCCCGACCUAUCUGAGCGUUAUGAAGGAUUCAAUUCCGGCCAACAACUUGCUGCACACCUUCCCCGAGGGCGAUGUUGCGCGAUCUCUGCAGAUUCCCGCUCCGACCCUUGAGCUGGACUUCCGCAUGAGCAUCAAGAUGAACCCCAAGGUAGCUGUCGGUCAUAGUAUCUGGGGCAACCGAGAAUGGGUUUCUUUCGUGGGUGGUCAGUGGGCAGGUCGCUGGGGCAAGGGCAUUGUUCUGCCCGGUGGUCAAGACACUCAAAUUGUGACCAAGGAUUCGACUACCAACCUGCGCGCCAGCUAUAUGCUUCAAACUGCCGACGAGCCUCCAGCCUUUAUCAUUGUGAAAGCCGAAGGUUGGCUGACUGGAGCCAAGGAUGUUUUGGAGAAAGUGAACGACUCUGCCAUGGCUGACGGCGUUAACCCCAGCAGUUAUAAAUACCGCAUCAACCUGUCCAUGGAGACUGGGGACGAGCGGUAUACGUUCUUGAACACCCUGAUGUGGAUUGGUAGCGGAUGCCGGCGCGGCCAAGAAGUCAUCUUCGACGCGUUCCGUGUCAACUAA